GUCCACGCCAGUUUGUUUGCUUGCUGCUUCCCCUUUGGAUACCACCACGCCGCUACUACUAUCCUCUCUUGACACCAACCGACCUCCCACACCACAAAACCCAUAAUGGGAUUCUUCAACCGGCGCGCUGCGCCCGCAGACGCAAACACCGCCAAUGCAACUGGCCAUCGCGAGAAGAGACCUGCUAAGCAUCACGGUGUCCCGUCCCACAACACUCGCCCGACCUUUGGCCAGUGGAUCAAGGCGACUUGGCUUGACAUCCUCACCAUGGCUAUCAUGGGUGCCAUUGGAUUGGGGGUGUAUAUGGCGCAUCCGGCACCGAGUCGUAGCUUCCCUAUCACUUUCAUAGACGGCGAGAUCGUGUACCCGGAAUUCGCGUACCCUCUCCGCAACGAGAUCGUCCCCAUCUGGCUCGCUGCGUUGCUGGGAUUCUUCAUCCCCUUCAUCGUCUUUCUCAUCUGCCAAAUACGCGUCCGCAGCUUCUGGGAUGUGAACAAUGCCACCAUUGGCCUGCUGUACUCACUCAUCACAGCGGCAGUGUUCCAGGUCUUUAUCAAGUGGUUGAUUGGAGGACUCCGCCCCCACUUUCUCGCCGUCUGCAAGCCCGUCAUCCCCGCAAACUUCAUGCCCCACGGCAAUGAUGGCAAUGGCUACCGCCAAGUCAUGUUCGACCGCAGCAUAUGCACAGGCGACCAGAACGAGAUCGAUGACUCGUUGGAAUCCAUGCCGUCUGGCCACACGACCGCCGCUUUCGCCGGCUUCGUCUUCUUGUACCUCUACCUCAACGCUAAACUCAAGAUCUGGGCGAACUACCAUCCCGCCAUGUGGAAACUCGUCGCCGUCUACGCCCCGAUCUUGGGAGCGUGCCUCAUUGGUGGCGCGCUCACGAUCGACGAGUAUCACAAUUGGUAUGACAUCUUGGCGGGUGCCAUUAUUGGGACUGUGAUGGCGUUCAGCGCCUACCGCAUGGUCUACUCUUCUGUCUGGGACUUCCGCUUCAACCACAUUCCCCUCACCCGCCACACACCCUUCAUCUACGGAUCAGGCCCCAACACCUUCGACGGCUUCCACGACGCUGUCUGGACACGCAAAGCCGGCUGGGGCACCCACGAGGGUAGUGCCUGGGGCGGCGCGCCCUCAGACGCCGCCGAUGGCCCGCGUGGUACCAUGGCCGCGGCUGCAGGUGCUGGCGCUGGCGUUGCAAAUGCGGGGACUCAUGGUGCUGCAAAUGGACGUGGCACACAUGGUGGUGUUGUUGGGAAUGGUGGGCAUACCAUUGAUCGUAGGCCCGUGAGUGGGAGUCGGUAUGGAGAGCAUAUGGUCUAAGGAUCUGCGCCGUACCCACCACUUCUGCUGGCACACAGGGCGCUCGGAUAAUACACGGGGUGUUGACCUGAGGGCUCCUUGAACCCCGCCAACGACCAAGCUUUGAUCUCGAGGAACUGGUUCCUCUGCAGCGAGAGAUUGACUCCGAUUCCCCGUAUGUACGAUAUUUGGUUAUGACGGCGCACGUCUUUCCUUUUUCUACAGAGCGACAUCGACAUAGCGGCUUACAUUUCCUAAUUUCCUAAUAUGGUAAUUGUACGAGGUAGUCAC